GUUUGUGUUCUCUCAUAUGUGUGUAAUAUACGAAAUACAGCGAAUCUACGCGUAUCAGGUCUAGGCCCCGUGCCUGCGACUAGUUCAUUUUUGGGCAUACUAGCACACAGGUUCCAAUCUCAAGCGGAGACUCGGGGUAUCAACUGGGAAACUCACCUCUAUAGUCCACAUCUGAACUUCCAUAUCCACAAACAUUGUAUGAAUUAAGUUUUCACGCCAUGAGUCUCACCGAAGUCCAUUUGCGACCGGCAGUGUCGCAAGACCUUCCAUCCAUCGCGGAAGUGGCCGCACAAUCCAUGUUGGAUGAUGAGCUGUUUGCGUUUCUCUGCCCUAGGCGUAGGGAAUUCUACUCCGACUAUCGUCAGAGUUUCCUGCGACGACUACGGGCGAAAUUGACAUCACCCGGGUGGGUUGUCAUUGUUGCAGUAGGUGAGUCUCGAACGCGCUCCGUGGAUGUAGACUCAUGGCCUAUCCUUGGCUAUUGUGUCUGGGAGCGCAUCGGAGACACGGCGGAAGAGUCCACCAAACGGUGGAAGGAGACCUCGAAUGAUAGCUGGUGGGCUCGCGUACAGGAACUGUUUGGAAAUGUGAGCGAACAUUUUGUGACUCGUCUGUACCCCGACCGAAGCGUAGAUGCAUCUCGCUUGGCUAGGUACAAUGCUUUAACCAUUGAUUGCUUUCCGUACAACGACUUUUCAGAACUCUGGUUCCUGUCAACACUGGCAGUUCACCCGGCGUACCAGCGACAGGGGAUCGGUCGCAGGCUCGUUGAAUGGGGCCUCAAACAGGCCACGUGGGACGGAACCCCUGUUGGCCUCGAGGCUAGUGCCAAAGCAACCAAUCUCUACGAAUCUCUUGGGUUUCAGAUAGUCAAUGAAAUGCCAUUGGUGGAGGGGGUUGCCCUGACAGCAAUGCUGUGGCGACCCUCCUUUCGGGUGGCGCACCCUUGAUGACAAUGCAUUAUCCACAAUAAUGUGCAAACCUUCUCUAUGGCCCUCUCUGGACUUUAUGGCGUGUAUACGUUGGCACCCCUGCUUUUGAACUAGGAAAGAUACGGUGGAAUCCAUCUUUUUUCGGCUCCGGAUAUACUGAUCAUUUCUUGGUCUGCAAUUGACACGUGAGUUACGAUCAGGUUUGCUCGAUGAGGAGGCCUUGGAUUCCUUUGCUGAAGCCAGAAUAUCCUAUCAUUGGCCAAACCUUACGGGGUGACAGCACAAACCCAAUUGCCAAUGGGGAUAUUAGCGACAGAAGGUCAGGUUUACAUGUCCACGAGCGCUGUAGGGGUUGGACACUAUGUGAACAACAAGGCCGAGACGCAAGAGUGCCAAAGAGGCUCGUGUCCGCGAUUUGCCAAAUAGACCACCGCAGUUAGGCUUAAUUUGUUGCAAGCAUCACUUGUGCGGCUCCUAAAACUUGGAAACAUAUGGUUCGGAAUUGAGACCUUCGGAGAUUUAUCACCUUAUAGACGCAGGCCAACAUGUUGGACAACAUGGCGCGCCCACGAACAGCAUCGUGAGGCAUUUGUGACGAUUUCUCGGUGGAUAUUUGACACAAGCAUUAUAUUAG